CUCAACGCAGGAGGAGCAACACUAUGAUUCUGCGCCGCGCCCCUUAUUUAAAGAACCAAGGGCACCGCACUCCUAUCGCCUCUCUCUCUAUCUCUCUCUCUCUCUCUCAUGUAGCUCCGCCUUAACAAGAGACGCCCCACUCUUUCUCUCUGGUGCCAAGAAAACCCAAUUCUCAGGUUUGACAGCAUCUCUCUCUCUCCAACCCAGUUCCCAUUUGCUCGUAGAGAGGGAGAUUUUUCAAGAUUCACCACUUUUUGUCUUGUGAAAAAGAAACCCAAUUAUCACCUGAAUUAAGAGAAAAAGAUUUUAACCUCUCUCUCUCUCUCUCUCUCUCUCUGGUGGUAAUUGGUAAAGAAACCGAUUUCAACAACUCUCUUCUCUCUGGGGAAAGAAAUUUAACGCCCUCUUAAACACAGCCAAUGCCUUCUCUCCCUGUGGUUGGAAAGAAACCCCGAGCCCCAUUUGAAAUCAGAGACAAAGAUUCUCUCUCUCUCUAAAGUCCAAACGACAGCUCCGCCAAAGCUUGUCUCUCUCUAUCUAGACCAGAGGUCCGUCCAUGGCGGAAUCUUCUCUCCUGGCAAAGCUGUACCCAUCACUCCUUCUCAUGGCGGUUGUGUAUGCACCAGUCGUGUACGGUGUGGGCGUGAACUGGGGUAGAAUGGCGUCUCGCGAGCUGCCCCCUGAGAUGGUGGUUCAGAUGAUACUCAACAGCGGUUUCAAGAAAGUGAAGCUCUUCGAUGCGGACCCCACCGCCCUCAGAGCCCUCCUCGGGACCCACUUGGAGGUCAUGCUCGCCGUCCCAAAUUACAUGCUCCAACCCAUCACCACCGAUGCACAGCUCGCGUAUCAUUGGGUAGCCCAGAACGUCACCAGAUAUGCCUACCAUGGUGGAGUUAAUAUCAAGUAUGUCGCAGUGGGUAACGAGCCCUUCCUCGAGACCUACAACGGCACCUUCGCCGAUUUCACCCUCCCUGCCCUCCAAAAUAUCCAAUCAGCCCUCGACGACGCAGGCCUUGGCCACCACAUCAAGGCCACCGUCCCCUUGAACGCCGACGUCUACUUCUCGCCGGGAUCUGACCCAUUCCCCUCUUCCGGAGACUUCCGUCCGGAUGUCAGAAAUGCUGUCAUCGGAAUCUUGCAAACCUUAUCGGAAAAUGACGCCCCUUUCACCGUCAACAUUUACCCCUUCCUCAGCUUGCAAUCUGACCGUCAUUUUCCGGUGGAUUUUGCGUUCUUUGACGGCAACUCGACGCCUAUUUUCGACGGUGACACCGCUUAUACCAACGUUUUUGACGCCAAUCUUGACACCCUCUUGUGGGCCCUGAGGAAGGCCGGGUACCCGGAUAUCAAGGUAAUUAUCGGCGAGGUGGGGUGGCCAACGGACGGCGAUCCGAGUGCCAAUGUGGCAUAUGCGAACCGCUUCAACCAAGGCCUCCUCCGCCAUGUGUCGGGCCAGGAGGGGACCCCACUUCGAAGUGGGCCCAUUGAGGUCUUCCUCUUCAGCCUCAUCGACGAAGACUCGAAAUCCAUUGCGCCUGGGAGCUUUGAGAGGCAUUGGGGCCUCUUCGAGUACGAUGGAAAGCCCAAGUACCAGCUCCAACUCGGCCCCGAGUUGAAAGUUCUCGUGGGACCGAGUCAUGUGGAGUACAUGGAUCGGAGGUGGUGCGUUCUCGAUCCGGAGGCAUCCGAAUUAGAGGGUGUGGCCGAGGCCGUGAGCUUCGCUUGUGGACUGGCUGACUGUACGGCCCUCGGAUAUGGGUCCACGUGUAAUCAUCUUGGGAGGAUGGGGAACGCAUCGUACGGUUUCAAUGCGUAUUAUCAGAGGAUGGGGCAAAACGAGGGUGACUGUGAUUUUGCGGGGCUUGGGGUCGUCACACGAGUGAAUCCAAGUGAUGACACGUGUCGGUUCCCUGUGACUAUAGCGUACGGAGGGGUGCGGGGAAGAAGGGUUGACGGGGUACUGCCGGUGGUUUUGGUGGUGGUUUUUAUUGUGGAGUUUGUGAUCCGCAGUGUGAGUGUGAGAUUUAAAUCAAAAGAUACGGAUAAGGGUUUUUUGUGUUUUGGAUUAGCUUCUCUACCAUCUAUCUCUCUAGAAACAAUGGCUUGCAAAGGCUUCUUCGAGUGCCUUUUGAAGCUUCUGAACUUUCUUCUAACUCUUGUUGGGUUGGCCAUGGUGGGUUAUGGGGUUUACCUUCUGAUCAUAUGGAAAAAAUCUACUUCCGGUCAUACAGAUUUUCCUAUUUCGGAUGGUUCAGAACCAGAGCAAUUCAGAUUGGUUAGGCCCUUUAUAUAUGCAGGGUAUUUGUCAGCUAAUUUUUGGGACAAGCUUCCUACACCAUGGUUCAUUUACUUAUUCAUUGCAAUAGGAGCUAUUCUCUUUGUUAUAUCUUGCAUCGGGUGUAUAGGAGCUGCAACCAGGAAUAUUUGCUGUCUAUCUUGUUACUCUGUAUUGUUGGUGUUGUUGAUCGUGGUUGAACUAGGCCUUGCUGCUUUCAUAUUCUUUGAUCACAACUGGGAAAAGGAGAUACCCAACGAUAAAACUGGUGAUUUCAAUAUGAUAUACAAUUUCUUGAAGGAGAACUGGAAAAUAGCCAAAUGGGUUGCUCUUGGAGCUGUUAUCUUGGAGGCUUUGGUUUUUUUACUAGCUCUGGCAGUUAGGGCAGCAAAUAUGCCACCAGAAUAUGAUAGUGAUGAUGAGUAUAUAGCACCUCGCCAGCCCCUUAUUUCUCGAGCAGGUGCUCCAGCCACCGGAAUACCUGUAAAUAUUGCUGACCAGAGGCAGAAUAGACCUGAUGCUUGGAGUACCCGAAUGAAAGAGAAGUAUGGACUGGACACAUCAGAAUUCACAUACAACCCAUCAGAAUCAGGUAGAUACACUGCACCAGCACCAGCACCUGCAGAAGAGAGGAGCAGGUGCACCAUCAUGUGAGAGCCCAUCGUUAGAAAUAGAUGAUUUUUGUACUUAUUUGGUGUUUUGAGUUUCACACUGUUGUUCUACGCGAAGUAGAUAACAUGAUUUGAUCAUUGUUUAAAAAUGGAAAAGAGGAUGAUUGUGUUGGUGUCGUGAGAAGACAUUGACUGGUAAUGGUUUGAAUGAAUUGUGGUUGUUUUUUUUUUGGAAGUUAUUGAUCUCUACAUUGUGUGGGUUU